UUCUUGCCGUGACUGUGUUCACCUGUUCGGCAUUCAGUAUUGUCCCUAUUACCGAAGACCCCUCUGUCCUGUUUAUAGUGUCUAGUCUUUUAACACAGUGCCUGCGGCCUACAGAAGGUGCUUCAGUGUGGAAAAGAGGGGAAUGGCUUCCUAAAUCCCACCACUAAGAUUUUAGGGUUUGUCUAGAUGGAUUUCAUUCAUUCUGCUAAGGCUGGAGCUGGGCUGAUUGGAAGCUAGGAGCUGGGUCUCCCACAAGGGUGCGGGGCCCAGUCCCUUUGGCUAUCUGCUACUGUCCCAGCCACGAGCAGGCAGGUGGAUUGGAAGUGGAGCCACCCAAACUGUGCUCAUAUGGGACGUCCUUGACUGCUUUCCCAGGCCACAAGCAGGAAGCUGGAAGGGAAGUGGGGCCGCCAGGAUUAGAACCCAUGCCCAUAUGGGAUCCCAGCGCGUUCAAGGCAAGGACUUUAUGCUGUCGCACUGGGACCCAUAAAUUUUUUUUAAAGAUGUGUUUAUUUGCUGGAAAUUUACUAUCCACUGGCUCACUUGCCACGUGGUUGCAGUGGCUGGGACUGGGCCACACUAAAGCCAGGAGCCAGGAACUCCAUCUGAUAUCCAAUAUCUCUGACCACUCGAUGUGUCUGUAAAGAAGUGAAUUGGCCAGGCUACUUUUCUUUGAGAAAACCAGGAGCCAUGAAAGUCUUCUGCGGCCGGGCCAACCCCACCACGGGCUCUGUGGAGUGGCUGGAGGAAGAUGAGCACUAUGAUUACCACCAGGAGAUUGCAAGGUCAUCCUACGCAGAUAUGCUGCAUGACAAAGACAGAAAUGUGAAGUACUACCAGGGUAUCCGGGCAGCUGUGAGCAGGGUGAAGGACAGAGGACAGAAGGCUGUGGUCCUUGACAUUGGCACUGGCACAGGACUCUUGUCCAUGAUGGCGGUCACAGCAGGUGCCGACUUCUGCUAUGCAGUUGAGGUUUUCAAGCCAAUGGCUGAUGCUGCUGUGAAAAUUGUGGAGAAAAAUGGCUUCAGUGAGAAGAUUAAGAUUAUCAACAAGCAUUCCACUGAGGUGACUGUGGGGCCAGAUGGUGAUAUGCCAUGUCGUGCCAACAUCCUGAUUACAGAGCUGUUUGACACGGAGCUGAUCGGAGAAGGGGCUCUGCCUUCUUAUGAACACGCGCACAGGCAUCUCGUGCAGGAGAACUGUGAGGCUGUGCCGCACCGGGCCACCAUCUACGCACAGUUGGUGGAGUCGAGAAAGAUGUGGUCGUGGAACAAGCUGUUCCCCAUCUGCAUUCAUACCAGCCGUGGGGAGCAAAUCAUUAAUCCUCCCGCGGAGCUGGACAGGUGCCCCGGUGCGCCCUCUGUCUAUGACAUACAGCUGAACCAAGUGUCACCCACCGACUUCACUGUCCUCAGCCAUGUGCUGCCGAUGUUCAGUGUGGACUUCAGCAAGCAAGUCAGUAGCUCAGCUGCCUGUCAUAGCCGGCAGUUUGAACCCGUGGCAUCCGGCCGGGCUCAGGUGGUCCUGUCCUGGUGGGAUAUUGAAAUGGACCCUGAAGGGAAGAUCAAGUGCACCAUGGCCCCCUUCUGGGCACAUUCGGAGCCAGGAGGUCUCCAGUGGCGGGACCACUGGAUGCAGUGUGUGUACUUCCUGCCCCAAGAGGAGCCCGUCAGCCAGGGCUCAGCCCUCUGCCUGGUAGCCCACCACGACGACUAUUGUGUGUGGUACAGCCUUCAGCGGAGCAGUCCUGAAGAGAACGGGAGGGUCCCCCAAGUGCGCCCCGUGUGUGACUGCCAGGCUCACCUGCUCUGGACCCGGCCUCGGUUUGGAGAGCUCAAUGACCCGGACAGAACUGAGCAAUAUGUCCAGGCUCUGGGGACCGUGCUGACUCCGGACAGCGUCUGCCUGUGUGUCAGCGACGGCAGCCUGCUCUCCAUGCUAGCCCACCACCUGGGCGCCCAGAAGGUAUUUACAAUCGAGAGUUCAGCGGCUUCUCACAGACUGAUGAAAAAGAUCUUCCAAGCUAAUCAUCUGGAAGAUAAAAUUACUAUCAUAGAGAAGCGGCCUGAAUUGUUAACGUCUGAAGACUUGGAGGGUAGAACGGUGUCUCUGCUCCUGGCGGAGCCGUUCUUCACCACAAGUCUGCUGCCCUGGCACAACCUGUACUUCUGGUAUGUCCGCACUGCGCUAGACCAGCACCUGGGGCCAGGUGCCGUGGUGAUGCCCCAGGCUGCAUCUCUGCACGCCAUGGUUGUGGAGUUCCGGGACCUGUGGCGGAUCCGGAGCCCCUGUGGUGACUGUGAAGGCUUCGAUGUGCACAUCAUGGAUGACAUGAUUCAGCGUGCCCUGGACUUCCGGGAGAGCAAGGAGGCUGAGCCCCACCCACUGUGGGAGUACCCCUGCCGCAGCCUGUCCCCAGCCCAGCGGAUCCUGACCUUUGACUUCCAGCAGCCCGUGCCCCAGCAGCCUCUGCGUGCCGAGGGCUACUUGGAGCUGCAGAGGCCUGGAAGGAGCCACGGGGCCGUCCUGUGGAUGGAGUACCACCUGACCCCGGAGCACACGGUCAGCACUGGCCUCCUGAGGCCUGCCGAAGACCAGGGGGACUGCCAAUGGAACCCCCACUGCAAACAGGCCGUGUACUUCUUCCGCACCCCACUGGACCCCAAGGUGCCACUGCAGGGCCCCCAGAUGGUCCACUAUACUGUGGAGUUUGUGCCCCACACUGGAGAUAUCAUCAUGGAGUUCGGUCUCCUGGGCGUCCCGGACUGACCCUCCUGGCGGGUAUCCUGGGCUGACCCUCGUGUAUUGAGAAAUAAAGUGGCCGGGGGGGCUCUGCAUUGC